UUGCUAUUUGAGGUGUUGAAGUAAAAAAAAAAAAGCUGUGUUAGACAAUGUUUUGAUAGCUUUUUUUUUUUUUUUGCUGAGAAAUGAGUGAGCCGGUCAGAUUGUCUGUCCUCCCAUCUGGGGCAUUUAUUUGAUGAGCGACUGUGACUGAAGGAAAGCACAGAAGUCUCUGAAAGCAGCAUGGCCGGGGAUCUGGUGGUUGGGAUACUUUAUAACUUAUUACUCCCUCUGCUUUUGCUGACAGCAUCCUGUUUUCGCUAUAAUGGCCUCUCGGUGGUGUACUUUGUGUUCCUGCUCACUGUACCACUGCUACCGAAACCCAGCCUGGCCACCUUAAAAGGGAAAACUGGACAGUUUCUGCGGAUAAUAAUCUACACUAGUCUAACCUUCCUGACCCUGCAGUGCUUCAUGCAGAUUCCCUUCAGCUACCUCCCUCCACAUGUUGCUGGAUUCUGGGAAGAUUUCCUUUACCAUUUAGGAAUUGUGAGAUUCAGUUCGGUUGACCCAGCUAACAUUGUGAGACUCUUGGCCCCAGACGUUGGCCUUUUCAUCUCCAUUCUGUUUCUACUGAGGCUGUGCAGAAAACUGCUGCACCCUGUGCCCCAAGUCAGCCUGCAUGAAAAUGGGAUCCCUCCUUCAGUCCCAGAGGACGUUGAAACCUCGGACUCAGAGUCAGAGGGAGGAUAUGAAACAGAGGCCUCGUCUUUUGAUAGCUCUGAGGACACCACCCUGCCGGUUCAGUCUGGUCCACCACAGUUUGUCCAGAAGAUGAUAAUGUUUGCAGCUGGUCUGAGGCUGCUGCUGUCAGCGAUCAUGAACACAGCAGGAAAAGUGGUGGUCACUCUGCUGCUGGGACUGGCAGGUAUCAUACUACCUUCCCUCACAUCAGGAGUUUACUUCGGGGUGUUUUUAGGGCUGGUAUGGUGGUGGAUAUUCAGUCGCUCCAUCAGCAUGCUGCUUUUCAGCUGCCUGUGUGUGAUGAUGGCCAUCUUCAGUGGAGGACACCUGCUGGCUCUGUACCUCUACCAGCUGCCUCUGUCGCAGCAGCUCAUCCCACCAGAUGAUGUAUAUGCAAGGCUGUUUGGUAUGAUUGGAAUGAUCCGAACCAAGGGAUCCCAACCGCACAGUCUUGGUUUGCAUCCACAUGUCUGCUGGCCCGACUUCAUAAACCCUUUGGUUCUUCUGCUGCUCUACUACACGCUGGUGGCUCUGCUGCACAAAUGGGUCCACAUCACAGAGGAGGAUAUUUCUGAUGAUGACAAAUCUGAGAGUGUGUUAGAAAGCCCUGAAGCUCCUCCAAGCUUCUCCAGGGUCAUCUACAUCACAGGAGAUAAGCAAGAGCUCUUGAGCAGCACAGAUGAAGAAACUUACCUUCCAGAUGAGGCGAUGAUUUUAAUGACUAGAGGUUCCUGGCAGGACGUCCACAGCAACGGUCUUGGAUGUCUAUUGGAGGGAGCCGGCUACACAAACUGUUACACUCCAUCGCUUCACGACGAAAAGGACGCUGAUUCAUUCGAGGCAGAAAGUGACAGAGAAAUGGAGGACAGGAGUGAGGAGGUCCCCGAGAGUCAGACUGACACAGUACCGCCCCCCUCAGGACCCAGUGGUCUGAUAAUCUUUGGACGUCUGCUGCAGAAACACAGCUACGUUAGCGCCCUUAUUAUCAUGAUGGUGUGGAGUAUAACUUACAACAACUGGCUGACUUUCGCCCUGCUGGUGUGGUCCUGCUUUAUAUGGAUGAUGCGGGACCGCCGGCGUUACGCCAUGAUGUCUGCUCCCUUCCUUGCCAUCUAUGGCACAGUCCUGGUGGUCCUGGGCUUCCUGAGUGGGCUCCGUCUGAGCCGAGCAGAGCUGUAUCCAGGGCUUCCCUCAGCUGUGAUAGUGGACUUUGACCUGAACAGUUACCAUCCUGCACCUUGCAUUCACCUGGGAGCAAAGGUUUUUUACACCUUUAAUUUCUGGGUGAUGUUUCGUCAGCAGCUGGUGGAAAGAAAGGAGGAACAGAGCAUGAAGAAGCAAUCUCUCGAAGAAAUUAAAGUCAUUCCACCCGAGGAAAGUCAGGGAUCACCACUGAUGGGGAUGCUAAUCUCAGGUGUCAAAGGGUUUCUGGUUAAAUACUGGAUCCUAUUUUGCUGCUUCAUGUUCUUCAUAGUCAGCUUCUCUGGAAAGGUGGUCGUGUAUAAAAUCCUCUACAUUGUCCUCUUCCUCCUGUGUGUGGUUCUAUACCAGAUCCGUUAUAAUCUUUGGCGUCAGGUUCUGAAGACGUUCUGGGCGGUGGUGGUGGGUUACUCCAUGGUGGUGCUGAUAGCCAUCUACAUGUAUCAGUUCAGAAGUGUUUCCGCCCUUUUUAGACAGAUCAUGGGGAUGUCAGAGGAUGGACUUCGUGACCUGGGUUUGGAAAGGUACAGCACAGUGGAGCUGUUUGCACGUAUUCUGCUUCCUGCUGCUUUCCUGUUGGCUUGUAUUCUCCAACUACAUUACUUCAACUCUGACUUCCUUACUCUGACUGACCUGGACAACGUACCUAUACGGGAGACUUCCAGAGAGGAAGAACUCAGGAGUUCGGUUAAUAUGAUAGCAGAUAUGCUUAAAGAAAACAUUGAAAAGCUCCAGAAAAGACUUGUAAAGGAGGAGAUAGGUAAUGCUAAGAGUCAGGAGACUCUGAACAGCAUCGGGCUGCAGACGCCCUCUGAGAAAGACCCAGCCGAGCAGCAGGAGGCAGCAGAAGAAGAAACCGUGCCAAGCAGCCGUGCGGAGAAGUGGGUCAUGAUAGUGGACCGGGCCAGCCUGCUCAUCAUCCAGGCGGUUUCUGGACUCCGUCGGCUCCAGGAGCUGAGCUGGAGACUCAUGGAGCUCCACAGCCUUAAAAUCGUGUCUUCUGGCAUCAUCUGGGUGUCUCUUCAAGAGGUUUCACUGAUGAACUUCCUGUUUCUGGUCUUGUGGGUGUUUGCGCUUCCUUUCCCUCGAAUACGUCCUUUAGCCUCCAGCAUCUCUGCGGUGUGGGCCUGCGUCAUGGUGGUCUGCAAGAUGUUUUACCAGCUUAAAGUGAUCAAACCUCUGGAUUAUUCCUCCAACUGCACCUCUGGUUUACUGGUCUCCAACAGUUCUGGGCUGUAUGAUGAAGCAGAUUUGAGGGCAAACCUGGUGGAGCUGCUUAAAAGGUCCAUUCUCUACACUGAACCUGUUGACCCGGUCUACUGGUGUGGAGCUCUUCGGAAGUGUGAGGGGAGAAUCCUCCCCUGUUUGAGGAACCAUCUGAUGGUGCUCGGAUUGCUUGUAUUUGAAGCAACUGUUGAACGCCACCAGCUCUACUUUCGCCUCCGUAACGACCUGAAGCCUCCUCCAUUUACCAUCAUCUUCCAGUUCAUCACCAGGCAGCACCUAGAUCACGGCGUCCUGCCCUGCAUCAAAUACUUCAUCAACUUUGGCUUCUACAAAUUUGGACUUGAGAUCAGUUUGAUUGUGGCAGUAAAUGUCAUCGGUCAGAGGAUGGAUUUCUACGCUUUGCUCCAUUCCUGUGCUUUGAUAGCCGUUGUGUCUCGCCGCCGCAGGAAGGCUAUAGGAGAGGUUUGGCCCAAAUACUGCUGCUUUACAGCUGGACUCAUGGUGUUUCAGUAUCUCCUCUGUAUCGGCAUCCCUCCUGCUUUCUGUGUUGAUUACCCCUGGAGAACCGCAACUCAGCCUUUAAGCUCCAACGUCAUAAAAUGGUUCUACCUGCCAGACUUUGCAAUGAGACCCAAUCCAUCCUUCAUUUUCUACGACCACCUCCUGCUGCUAUGCUCCUCUCUGCAGUGGCAGGUUUUUUUGGAGGAGAACAGAGCAGCUGUACGACUUCUGGCUGGAGAUAACGUAGAGAUCAGUCGUAGUUUGGAUCCGUGUUCCUUCAACCAGUUCAUACCGGUUGAUAACUUCCUUCACUGCAGGUCCUACCUGGACAUGGUGAAGGUGUUUGUUUUCAGCUACUUUUUCUGGCUGGUCCUCUGCCUCAUCUUCAUCACAGGCACCACACGGAUCAACAUCUUCUGCCUGGGCUACCUUGUGGCCUGUUUCUACUUCAUGCUGUUUGGUGGCAGCGUCCUAAUGCAGCCAGUUAGAUACAUCCUUCGCCUGUGGGACUGGCUCAUUGCCUACACCUGCUUUGUGAUCGCCAUGAAAAACUUCCUGUCUCUUGGUGCUUGUGCAUAUCUGGACAGCCUGUUGAAGAACAGCUGCUGGUUAAUUCAGGCAUUCAGCAUGUUUUGCACCAUCAAAGGCUAUGAUGUUCCUGAGCCGACUGAUGAGUGCGAGCUGCCAGAGGGGGAAGCUGGCAUCGUCUGGGAUGCCAUAUGCUUCACCGUCCUCCUGGCACAGAGGAGGGUCUUCCUCAGCUACUAUUUCCUCUACGUGGUGUCUGACCUCAAGUCUGCUAAGAUAUUAGCAUCCAGGGGUGCUGAGCUGUUUGAGGCCAAAGUGAAGAAGCAGGUUGCAGCCAGACUGGAGAUGGAGCAGAAAUCUGUUGAGGCACUAAAGAGACAGAUGGAGAAGAUUAAAUCCAAGCAGAAGACUUCUCCUGCUGCUGCAUCGGACAAAGCCGAGGCCCUGGCCGCUCAGGAGCUGGAAACACCUGGUGAUGAGGAGAAGGCAAAGAAAGAUGCAGGAAAAUGGUGGAAGCCUUGGGUUUCUCGGCCUGGAGUGGAGAACAAUUGUGGCUACCACCUAUUUGAGAGCGACAGUGAGGAUGAGGAAGAAGAAGUAACAGAGGUAAAAGAGGAAGAGGAACCUCUGAAGAAGAAAUCUGCUUUUCAGUGGGCUUAUAAUGCCUGGACUACCAGCUCCAAAUCAGCUCUGAAGGAUCUAAAGAAAGAAAAGAAAAAGAUAAGGAAAGAAGAGAAGAAGAGGGCAAAGACAGAACUGAGGAAGCAGCAGGGAAUCAACAGAGCCGAUUCCAGUGAAGAUGACCUGGAUGAGAGUGCCAUGGGGGAGGAGGGAGAGGAGGAAAGAGAAAACAUCCUGCAGCGCAUCCUGAGCACGCUGAAGUUCAUCUUUGUGUUUCUGCAGUCGCUCAUCGACGAUAUGACGGAUGGUCUGAACGCCUUCUGUAAAGACAGCCUGGACAUCUCCAAAGUGCUGCGAUUAGAGCGAGCAUUGCUCAACCAGCAGCAAAAGAAGGGAAAAGAAGUGAGUCAGGAGAGUGUGAAGCAGUUUUAUGAAACCUGGAUAUCCCGUCAAAACACACUGUCAUCUGAGGAAGGUCUAGAUGAUCCAUCUCCUCCUCACACACCACCUGCCGUCCCCUCUUCACAUCAUGUUUAUGUAAAGCUUAAGAACCAAGCCUCUAAAACGUCCUGGGGCAGCAGCUUUUCCAGCUGUAUGACAGAUGACACACUGCUGGUGUCCCGGCAGCCCACACAAGAGGAGCUAGACGAGCCCCCUGUUGUCGCUCCUGCCUCCCAACUUCGACGGAGACUGAUUAAAGAGGCCAACAUCGACCAGAGCUCCUUUGAGACUGACGAUCUUCCACAAAGCCAAGGAGACAGUGACGAUAAUGAUGAUCAUCAUCAUCAAGAUCCGAUACAAGAUGAGGAUGUAUUGAAUACUGCAGAGAUUAGUGAGAAAUCUGACCUGGAUCAAAAGGAAGUGGAUAAAGAAGACCAACAAGAUGAUCCAGGACUGAAGAAAGAUGAGCUGGAUGAAGAACUGCAGCAGAGAGAAGAGGGUGGAUUCUCCAGAUACAUGGAGUGCAUCUCACUGGAUAGGCAAGAGAGCAAAGAAGAAAAAAGUCUUAACCUCACAGAGACUCCCAGACCUCUGACUCAGGAAACAAGGAACCUCACUGCCAGCGAGCUGCUGCUCAACAACAUGUUUGAAAACGAUGAGAUCAAAGAGUCUGAUAAGUUUUUUAAGACAAUACCGAGGCCAGUCAAGCUGCUUUUUGCCCUCUAUAACACCAUGGUGUCCAAGUCAGAGAUGCUGUGCUACUUUGUCAUCAUUCUCAACCACAUUGUGUCCGCUUCAUUUCUCUCCCUCAUCUUGCCGAUUCUGAUAUUCCUCUGGGCCAUGCUGUCUGUGCCACGGCCCACCAAACGCUUCUGGAUGACGGCUAUUAUCUACACAGAGCUCACAGUUGUAGUGAAGUACUUUUUCCAGUUUGGUUUCUUCCCCUGGACCACGUCUGCCUACAGAGGAAUCAAUGCAGACCGGCCCUUUGCCCUGCCUAAUAUCAUCGGAGUGGAGAAGAAAGAUGGUUAUGUCCUCUUUGACCUCAUCCAGCUGCUUGCUCUGUUCUUUCAUCGAUCUAUUCUGAAGUGCCACGGGUUGUGGGAUAACAAAGAGGUCGAGAUGCCUGACUUCUUCAAGAAGCUGAAGAAGAAAGUCGACAAGAAGAAGAUGACGGGAGCAGAUAAGAUGGGGAGAAAAGAAAGAUCUUUACGCCAGAUGAAAUUCCUCCCCUUUCAGGCCUCCACCACCUCCAUCUUCUGCCGACAAAAGAAAGAGGAUUCUGGUGAGGUGAAGCCGAAGAAGCAGUCCAGCAAGAAAAAGAGAGGAGAGAGACGUACUGCUCCUCUGUCCCGGAAGCAGAGGAUCAGACAGCACAUCAGAGAGAAGAUGCUGCAGGUCAAAACUGCUGCCAUAGAGGUAGCUCUUCACAUCUAUCUCCCGAUAAGGCAGUUCUUCUAUGACAUCAUUCACCCUGACUACAGUCCUGUUUGUGACGUCUACGCCCUCAUGUUUCUUAUUGAUGUCGUCAAUUUCAUUGUGACCAUAUAUGGCUACGGCGCCUUUGGGAAAUAUUCUGCAUCAGUGGACAUCUCAGAGACUCUGUCAGAGGACCAAGUUCCUGAGGCCUUUCUGGUCAUGCUGCUCAUCCAGUUUGGUACCAUGAUUGUCGACCGUGCCCUGUACCUGAAGAAGUCUCUGCUGGGGAAAUGUGUUUUCCAGGUUGUGUUGGUGUUCGGCAUUCACUUCUGGAUGUUCUUCAUCCUUCCUGGGGUCACAGAGAGGAGGUUCAACAGAAACCCCAUCGCUCAGCUUUGGUAUUUUGUAAAGUGCAUCUACUUUGGCCUGUCUGCCUAUCAAAUCAAGUGUGGCUACCCAAACCGCAUCCUGGGCAACUUCCUUACCAAGAAUUACAACUACCUCAACCUCUUCCUCUUUCAAGGCUUUCGGAUGGUUCCUUUCCUCACAGAACUGAGGGCUGUGAUGGAUUGGGUUUGGACAGACACCACUCUCUCUCUCUCUAGCUGGAUUUGUGUUGAAGACAUCUACGCUAAUAUAUUUAUCCUCAAAUGCUGGAGAGAGUCUGAAAAAAAAUAUCCACACCCUCCAGGGCAAAAGAAGAAAAAGGUGGUGAAAUAUGGGAUGGGAGGCUUCAUCAUCUUCGCUCUGAUUAGCAUCAUCUGGUUCCCGCUCCUCUUCAUGUCUCUGGUCCAGUCAGCGGUGGGAGUAACCAAUCAGCCGGUGGAUGUCUCCAUCCAGCUCAGCAUCGCAGGAUAUGAGCCUCUGUUUUCCAUGAGCGCCCAGGAGCAGAACUUGGUUGCAUACUCAGAAGCUGGAUUCAACCGACUCACAAAAGUUUAUGCUACUCAUCCAGGUGCUAUGCAGUUCCUGAUGAACUAUGAAGCAGAGGAUAUUGUUGUUGCUAAAAUCAAAAGUGAUGCCAGUCUGCUAUGGACCAUCAGCCCUGCCAGUCGUGCAGCGAUGAUUGAGGAACUGAGCAACUCUUCUCACAUAUACAUCACUUUACGAUGGACACUGCUCAGGAACGCGUCCAUAUCGAUGAAUGUGGAGGCGGUGGGAGAACACACAGUAAAGUUUGAUGAUAAGGCCUUAAGGGACGGGAUUGUCCAAAUGCUCAAAGGAAACAGCAACCAACCUGUGAUGAUUCAUUCUCUUUUGCCAAAAUACAUACGAGGUCCCAAAGGACAAGACUCCAAAAUGGCGACCAGGAUGUUAGUAGACUCAUCAGAGCGCCCGGAUCUUAAGGGGCUUGCCUUCUUCAGGCCCAUAUCCAUCCGGCUUCAGCAGGUCAACGGGUCGUCAAACAAAGAGGCAGACCAGUGGUGGGUGGUAGAGGAGUGCUCUUCUGUUCUCAUCUCCUCUGAACAAAAAUGCCAAAGCAUCGAAAUCGUGAUUUUCAACGAUAAAGUCAGUCCUUCAAGUCUGGGCUUUCUGGCCGGACAUGGAAUCGUUGGCCUGUACAUGUCGGUGGUGCUGGUCAUCGGGAAGUUUGUCCGGGAAUUCUUCAACGGGAUAUCCCGCUCCAUCAUGUUUGAGGAACUUCCCUGUGUGGACAGGGUCCUGAAGCUCUGCACGGACAUCUUUGUUGUUCGAGAGACCGGAGAGAUGGAGCUGGAAGAGACGCUGUUUGAGAAACUCAUCUUCCUCUAUCGAUCCCCAGAGACCAUGAUCAAGAUGACCAGAGAGAAGAAAGACAGCUAGGACUCGAGACCCUACCCACUGUUAGUAUGGGUUGAAAAUGUUCACUCUGGUGUUGUGGGGGGAGCGAGGAUUAAAGGCGACAAGU